AUGUCCGAUGAUCCCCAAGGCUACGCCAUGCCAUGCAGCAACCGGAUGUUUUGGCAACCCAUCCUCGACGCCAAUGGCAAGGCCGUGGCCGCUGCUCGCACCGACGGCCGGAAGCACAUGAGCCACACCUUCCCGUUAUGGCGUGACGAUACAUAUUUACUCUAUAGCCAGAAUGGCGACCGCGCCGCCGGUGAAGCCAUGAUGGCCAAACGCCACGAGUUUGCUCGGAACCUUCUCUUGGCCGAAUGCUACGAUAUGAACGGCGAAUUUUUGUCCAAACUGGAGGAUUCGUUGGUGUCGUACGCUACCCAACGGACGUGGGUCUUGGCUGCGCACGACCCCAAGCUGGACGUAUUUUACGGCCGCAGCGUGUUCGUCGAUUUGAAUGCGGCGCUCGUGUCUAGCUUCUUUGGCAGCGCGUUAUACAUGCUGGGGGAUGCGUUCUCGUUGGAAACCACGACCGCGAUUCGAGAUGCACUUGACGCACACACCGUCGGCCCGUAA